AUGGAUCCUGUCUCCCAGUGCCUUGAAAACUUCAACGAUUGUGACCUUUAUAAGGUGACGACAUUCUACCGGGAGAGAUUGGAACAGGCAAUUGAAGAAGCGGUGAUAGGUGUCAGCUUGGUGUUAACGUACGAGGGACAUUUCAAUGGCCAGGAACAUCAGAAAGUUACUGAACUGGCAGACGAUGGGAAAAAAGUAGAAAGCACCGAACUUCUUCUGAACCUGGUAAUGGAGAAGGAAGCUGGAGCCCGAAGGGUGAUGUGGAAAUCUUUUGUGAAAAUGCGCAAUGGUGUCCCGAAGUUGGACAAAAUAUUGGAAGAAAUAGAGCAAAGCGGUGCUGCUGUGGCACAUUAUACAAACAUCAUAGAAGAGAUUUCAGAGAUACCCAGACACUUGAAGGAUGCUCAGGAACAACACAAGGAGAUGCUGAGACAGAGAAAUGAAACACUUGAUUUGAACACUAUUCUAAUCAAGGAGAAGGUUAGGAUUUCUCAGUUGAACGCACGGUACACUGAACUGACAAUAAUUUCUCCUGUUCGUCAUCGGAAACUGGUGGAGCAUGAACUUAUUGCACGUGGCAGGGAUCAUGAAGAAUGGAGAGAGAUGCACCUUCGGAGGGAACUGGAAAAAAUCCGCAUUGAUCAAUUGUUCCGAAGUGGCUUUGCACAAGAAGUCUAUCAGAGCCACACUGGAAAGGGACAGAUUGUACAAAUUCAUUCAGGUUGCUCCGUCGUCGUCAGUGGAGUCCCAGGAAUUGGGAAGACAACACUGUUACAAAAGAUAGUUUAUGACUGGGCCAGCGGGAACAUUUACCCUCAUUUUCAAUUUGUCUUUAGUUUUAAAUUCCGCGAGUUGAAUGCUAUUAACUGGAAAGCAACUUUAAAAGAAAUGAUUCUGCUGUUCUAUCCUUAUUUGGAGAAAUUUCUGGAAGAUCUGUGGAAAAAUCCGGCCAGUUUGCUGUUUAUAUUCGACGGUUUAGAUGAAUUCAAGGAUAGCAUUGAAUUUCCUGACAGCCAGUCAGAUGCCGCACCCCAGUCAAUAUGCAUGGACCCAGAGAUUCCCUGCAAAGUGUCUGACAUUGUCAGCAGUUUAAUACAGAAGAUGCUGCUUCCAGGGUGUUCAGUGUUAUUGACCACCCGUCCAAGUGAACUGCAAUUAUUGGAAAAAGCUGACAUCAGUGUGUGGGCUGAAAUACUUGGAUUUGUUGGGGAAGAACGGAAAGAGUACUUCCAAAAAUGCUUUGGAGAUCAGACAGUGGCAGCAGCUGUUUUCAAAUAUGUGGAAGAGAACGAGAUCCUCUACACCAUGUGCUACAACCCUUCGUACUGCUGGAUUCUCUGUCUUUCACUGGGUCCCUUCUAUACACAAGGAAGCAAGAAACAGCAGCAAGUCCCCAAGACCAUCACCCAACUAUAUUGCUACUAUAUUUACAACAUACUGAAAAACCACGGCCGAGAGAUUGAAAAUCCCCGCGAUGUGUUGCUGAAGAUUGGUGAGAUGGCAUUGAGAGGUGUCUUUGAGAAACAGAUUGUCUUCAGAAAUGAGGAUCUGAUCAAAUAUAAUCUUCAGCCUUCGCAGUUCCUGUCUGGCUUCAUGUUGGAAAUUUUUGAAAGGAAUGAUUCUGCCCAGAGUGUAGUCUAUACCUUCCUCCAUCUCACCAUACAAGAGUUUGUCGCUGCACUCGCACAGUUCCUGACUCCCGAUCUUGAGGACAUCCAGAAACUGCUCAAUGACGUUCACAGCAAGGAGGAUGGCAGAUUUGAGAUAUUUCUCCGUUUUAUUGCUGGCUUGUCCUCCCCACAGGUAGCUUGGCCCUUGGAGGAGCUGGUGGGUCCAUUUCUUCAUCAAACAGCCUGCCAAGUGAUUGAGUGGGUGCAGGAGAAGGUUGAAAGCCAGGUCGGUAACACUGGAAGCAAAAGUGGGAAAAGGAAUCUUCUGAAUACUUUGCACUAUUUGUUUGAGUCCCAGAAUAAAGUCCUAGCACAGACUACAUUGGGGUCUGUGGAAAGACUUCAAUUUGGGGAUUCAGACUCACAGAAAGCCUUGCCACUGAGCCCAAUUGACUGCGCUGUAUUGUCUCACGCCAUUGGACUUUGUCAUACAAUAAAACAGCUCGAUCUGCGGAACUGUUUCAUUCAGUCUGAAGGCCUUCAAAGGCUGGAACCUUCACUGCACAAAUGCCAAGUGUUGAGGUUGGAGGGAAAUGACCUUGGUGAUUCAGGAAUGCAUUUACUGUACUUGGUCCUGAAGCAUCCAAAGUGUCAAAUUGAGGCACUCGGGUUAGCUGACAAUGACCUCACGGCUUCUUCUAUUGAGAAUCUCAGCUCUGUUCUCAGCAUAAACCGAUCACUGAAGGACCUGUACCUGGGUUAUAAUAAACUGGGAUCCUCUGGAGUGAAACAUUUAUCUGUGGCACUGCAGAACUUGGACUGUGAAAUACAGAAACUGUCUCUGAAUGACAACGAGCUCACAGAUUGUUGUGUCGAAGAUCUCACCUCUGCUCUGAAUACAAACAGGUCCCUCACAGCGCUGAACCUGAACAAUAAUAAACUUGGAGACUCAGGAGUAAUAUUGCUGUCUGAGAGUUUGAGAAAGCCAGACUGUAAAAUACAGGAGUUGAGAUUAGAUAGUAAUGCACUCACAGAUUCGUCUAUUGAGGCGCUCAGUUCUGCUCUCAGUACAAGCCAGUCGCUGACAGUUUUGUCGCUGUGGUCAAACUCUUUAACUGACCAAUCCAUUCCUGCUGUCAGCCACCUUACACUGAACUGUAAGAGUCUGCAGCGUAUCUGGAUUGGAGAGAACUCAUUUACUGCCAGUGGAAAGGAACAGCUGCACUUACUGCAGGAAUCCAGAGGUGGCUUCAGAGUGGAAAUGUGAUGAGUUUAUUAUUUGAGAAAUAUUGCUAAUGGUUAAAGAUUUAAUGACAGCAGCAGAAUUUUUUUUCUGACCAUAUGCAUACUGUUUCUGUCAUAGAAUAUUGAACAGUACAGCAUAGUACAGGCCCUUCGACCCUCGAUGUUGUGUUGGCCC